AUGUUAAAGGGGAUCAAGGCACUGUACUGUGCAGUGUCGAUAAUUUUUCCAAAAAAAAGCGCACGUGAUACUGCACGCUGCAUCUCUGCUCAGCUGACCCUGCAAGCCGUCGCCGUCGACGUCCACAAUCUUCGCCGCAUUGCGAACACUAUAAAUAUACCACAUGUGCCUCUUCGCCUUCUCACCGAUCUUCACCUACACUCCCCAACCUUCACCACCAUUAGCUUACAAUAA